UACAUGGCUCCUGAAUAUGCUAUGGAGGGACUAUUUUCAGUGAAAUCUGAUGUUUUCAGCUUUGGAGUUCUUGUUCUAGAAAUCAUUUCUGGGAGAAAGAAUGGUGGAUUCUACCUGUCAGAUGGUCAAAAUCUUCUUGUAUAUGCUUUGAGAACAUGGUAUGAAGGAAAAUGUUUGGAAUUGAUGGAUUCAAUGCUGGAAAAAUCCUUCAUAGGAAGUGAAGUAGAAAGGUGCAUACAGAUUGGUUUGUUGUGUGUUCAAGAAGAUGCAAGAGAUAGACCAACCAUGUCGGAUGUGGUAAUGCUAGCAAGUGACACAGUAGCCAUUCCAAAACCCAGGCACCCAGCAUUUUCAGUUGGAAGAACGGCCACAGAGGAAGUCCCUACAUCAAGAAGUUCCAAGAAACUUUCCAUUAGUGAUAUAACAACCUCUAUUACUUUACCAAGAUAAUUUCAUGAUUGCGCAACAGACUUGUAUAUAUCUGUUCAAAAGUGACCAAUGAAGUUGUAUUUAUAACUGAUGUGAAUCAAGUUAGUCAUUAAUUUCAUAUUAACA